UAUUCCAAAAAUGGACGCAAAUGCGAUCACAAACCGCAGGAAGAACCACAAAUUUCCAUGGCAGCGAUGCAAUAACCAUCAAACGCCGAGGCUAAUCCCGGCGCCCUCUAAACAAUUUCCAGGCGUUCAAACAUGAAACAUGGGGUUGGUGGGUGCGCCUGGUAAAGAAGGCCACCAUUCUUUUUUAUCAUAGAAAAUCACUUGUUGACUCGAGCCUACCAUCCUCUUCCGUUUAGAAUUCUCCAUCCUGCAUUGGCACCUCGAGUAUUCUAAUCUGCAUGUGUUGUUGUGUUAGUUAAUCUUGCGGCUAAUCGAUGGUCUAAUUGCCACCCCCGGUGCUGCUUCUUGUACGAAUCGCACAUCGCCGGGUGUCAGCUCAAGAACCGAGGAGGAAGCCACCGAGGUUCUCAGCUCUGACGAACCGUAUCGUUUGAAGUUGCUUUUGGAGCGACAGAGCUGACCGGAGGAGAUGGGGUGCAUCUCUUCCAAGGUCCUGGCGAAAUCAGGGAGCUUCAAGGAGACGGCGAGCCUGGGCCACAGCUUCCAGAGGAGCAACGUGAUCGAGGAGAUCAUUCUGUCCAGCUCCAAGAGCAACGGCGACCAGUUCCUGGCCCUCCUCCGCGCGUCCAACUCGACGGCCAGGAAGGCCAAGGAGCCCGAGCAGAGCCCGGCGGCGGCGGUCAGCGAGCCGGCUGCCAAGAUCGAGACGAUCAACGUGUCCGAACUGCUCGCCGGCCUGGAGGAGGAGCCCGCCGUGGAGCAGAGCGAUCGCGAGGGUGGCGACAGGCCGCCGGCGCGCUGCGUUACAGAUGGCGGAGCCACCGCCGGGAGGGCGAGGAGCUUCCGCACCGUGGAAGACUUCGACGCGCUGGUGACGCAGGGCGGCUCGUCGGAGCGCGCGGCCGAGCGAGAGGAACCCAGAACCGCGGCGGCAGCGGCGGCCGAGGCCCCGGAGAGCGGCAGCGGCCGCGGGUCCCGGCGAGACGACCCCGAGGGGCCGGGCGGGGAGGACGAGGCUGCCGGCGCGAUGAAGCGGGCGAGGGCGCGGCAGCUGGGCGAGCUGAAGGUGCCGGCAGCGUUCGACUUCUCCAAGUCCGGCAGCCUGCGGGACUGGCUGCGCCAGAGCGGGCAGACCUUCUCGCCGGGCUCCUACGUCACGCCCAAGUUCGGAGCGGCGCCGGCGGUGCCCGCCGAGCACGCGGGAGGCGAGAAGGCCGGCGACGAGCCGCCGCCGCACCCGCAGCAGCAGCAGGAACACGCGCUGUUCGACCCGGAGCUGGUCGCGCAGUUCGAGCGGGCCAUGGAGCAGCUGUCCGAGGACGAGGGCCGCGUCCUCGACGAGAUUCUGGAGGCGCUGGAGCUGGAAGCCGGGGAGAAGGACGGCACGGCGGCACCGGAGUUGGGGAGGGCGGCGGGCAACGAUCAGCCGGCGGCCGUGGCAGCCCAGCAGGUCUAGCCAGUGAUGGGUGAGCUAGAGUUAGCUGCUGUCAGUUCCUUAGGUUUUGGCCUUUGGGGGUUCUUUCUUCUGAUGCGGCUGUAAAACUGUAAUUACGAGGUGUUCAGCAAUGGCUUCA